AUGAACCGUGAGAAGAAGAAGAUCAAAAAUACCAAAUAUCAACACCAAUUGCCAUCAUUUGUGAUUUUCCAAAUUAUUUUUGCUAUUACGGAAAAGCUACUCGUGCUUGAACAAGAAGGAAAGUUACCAAAAAUACCAGACAACGAACAAGAUGAAUAUCUUUUUGAUUUGUAUAGACAACGAAAUGAGAAUGGAAACGUCAUUGAAACACUCUUUUUAAAUAACUUGAUGAUCUCUCCUAGAUUUAUGGAACCUGAUCGAUCUAACUAUGCAGAAACUGCUGAUUUCUUACGAGACGAUAUUGGGUUAAGUCAAUUCAUUGAUGUGAAAAUUAAGGAUACCUUUGAAGAAACAAUUCUCAAGUUACACAUGCGUCAAAGUGACGUUCUGUUUUGUAUGGGAAUAUUUGUCAUGGAGCUCAUUUUGAUGAAAAGAGGUGGCUUAUUCUUGAAUCGAGUAAUCUCGACUCCAUACAACGAACCUGUUGUGUGUGAAUUAAUUCUUCAACACAAUAGGCAUAACAUUUAUUUAAUUAGAUUUCUUCUGUCCAUGUUGAGGAUCAAUACUGUAUUCAGAGAUGAAGUGCAGCCAGCACAACAUGACCCAUCCGAAGAACACUCUGAACAGGACAAGUACAUGGUUCCAAGGGUUACCUUAGAAAAUCUAAUCGGAAUUGAAGUAGUUCAUAUUAUCUCAUGUAUUGCUGAGGAUCGAAAAAUCUUUGAGCACUACACACUCAAAUAUUUAUUGAAAUUGUUUGAAAAUCCAUCGUAUGCACCUCUAUUUAACCAAGGAGCAAGAAGCAAAUAUAUCGUCAAAACUAACGAGAAUUCAGAAAAGGAUUUGCUAUGUGCCUUUUUGAGUGGAAUUGCGUUGUAUGGAGUGAAAAAGCUUGAUGAUUGUGUCAAGUAUUUGCUUGCUUCCGUGUUGCAUCCACCAAUCGAAGAAGAUCAAUCUGCUUUAACCAUUCUCCAAGCGAUUAGAGAUGCUCAGAAAGAGCAAGACUUUCAAUUGAAAAAUCAUACUGACAAAUUUAUGGACAUUUCUCAACGUGUAACAGAACGUGUCACAGAAAUUGAAAAGUUGUUGUGCGAUCGCUUGGCUUUCGUACCGUCAGAUGUUGUGGACAUGCACAUCCCCCGAGACAACACUUCACCACACUUUCAACUUCCCUAUUAUUCUCAUGUUGCUUAUUCCUUCCUUGGCAAAGCGUUGGCUGAGGUUAAAAAACUUGACACUGCUCUCUACUAUACUGAAAUUUCCUUGAUUUGCUCAACGUUCAACAACGUCUCAUGCAAAAUCAUUCCAUUUUCAACACAACUGCCGUCUUUACCAAAGCCUACAUUGUUGACAAGUUAG